AUGGGGAGAUUGGGGGGAAUCGGUUAUGUUGCCGUUAAAGCCCACGAACUUCGCAACAAGAACAAGGCCGAGCUUGUCAAGCUCCUUGAUGAAGCCAAGCAAGAACUUGCUUCUCUUCGUGUCCAGAAGGUUGCCGGUGGCUCUUCCUCCAAGCUCCAGGAGAUCGGUCGCGCCCGUAAGAACGUCGCCAGAAUCUUGACUGUCAUCAACCAGACCCAGCGUGAACAGCUUCGUCUCUUCUACCAGAAGAAGAAAUUCACUCCCUUGGAUCUCCGCUGCAAGAAGACCCGUGCUAUGCGCCGAGCCUUGACUCCUUUUGAGAAGAGCUUGAAGACCGUCAAGCUCCAGAAGAAGUUGACUCAUUUCCCCCUCCGCAAGUACGCUGUCAAGGCUUAA